AUGUCUUCUGACAAAAUUGAACGUACAUUCUCAUAUAAACUUCUAUCGGCACCAAAUUUGCAGCACACUGGAACAACUAAUCUCAGCGCACUGGAUGAUGCUGGGGACAGGAGUGUUGACACCAAACACUGUGCAGAGUAUAGAUGUUUACUCGAAGUCAAGCCCAAUCUUAUCGUCUCCGAGGAAUGGAUGUCUGAUACAGUGCAAACCAAGUAUGUUGAUAGGGAGAUCAAAUUUGUGCUUGAGAAUCUCGACAUCUCGUCGUUAAGCUUACUUCCUGGGCACGUCUAUAUCUGCAAUAUCACUGACGUCGACAUCACUGCUCCCACCAGGUCGCAGUCAACCACCACUGCCAUUGGCACACUCACGCACAUCCAGAUGCAAGCAGUCCAUCUCACGCUCAAGGAGGUCUCAUUCUUCUACAGGGAUAAGGUUGCUACCAUCAAGCCCAAGGACUUCACAGUCUCAUGGAGUCUCAUGGAGCGCGAGAGUCUCGGACAGUUCUUCAAGAUCGACAUGCAAGUUAAGCAGUCCAACCACCUCAUCCUUGCGUCCGUCUUCUGGCCUGUCAUCAUGCUUUACUUCCGCGAGACAAUUUCACACACCCUGGAGGAGCAGAUCUGGUGA